AUGGGUUUUUCAAAGACACAUCAAAUUGAAGCGAACAAAGAAUCAGAAGGCAAAAAGUGGGUUAUAGUUGGUGUUGCAGUGAGAGCUCCGUUAAAGCCUAUAGCCACAAAAGCAAGAGAAGAUAAUAGUGAUAAUGGAGACACGUGUCCCACAACACCAACGGCGCGUGAGUCGAAGUUACCGGAAAAAUUCUCCUGCCCUCCAGCGCCCAGAAAGCGCCGGCCGUCUUCUAACUGCAAUUUUAACGGCGUUAGGGAGUUCUUCAAUCCUCCGGACUUGGAGUCAGUAUUCUUAUGCCAUGCCGAAAGGGAAAACUGA